AUAAUGAAGAAAAUGCUCCAGAAAAUAUACAUUCUUCAACCAUGGAUGGCUACCACCUGAAAUCAACACCAACAUCCUGAUAGGCUUUCCAAUCAAAACACUAAGCCAACUAAAAUGUGCAUCAGGAUCAUUCAACACGUUUCUCAAAUCUCACCAAUUCACUGAACUCCACCUCCAGCAAUCCUCCUCAGCAGACGAUCUAAAGCUGAAACACACGAGCUGCGCACGUGGCUGGCAGGCGGAUACGGCAGUUUCGGCCAUUAACUUUGCUGUUGCGUUCUGUGAUCACGGGCUUAGCGGCGGAGGCACGGUGGUCUUUGGUGGCAGGAGUUUUGAGUUGUUUAGCGGCUUUGACUGGGAGGGCUGUCUUCGAAGAGGAGGCCGUUUCUUAGGGCUUGUAAACGAGAGACUAUAGUAUUGGUGUGGGGCAGGGUGGUGAGACUAAGUUUAAUUUAAUAUAUAUAGCCACUUACAGAUAAGUAUUGGUGUUGUAUUAAUUAUUUGUUUUCAUAAUUAAUUUCUCUUGACAUACUUUUUUUAAAUUUAAAUUUAGCUACUUCAACGAGGGUGGGCAAUUUGACAUGUUGGGAAUGGACGAGCUUAAACAAGUCCAGUGUUACUUGGAGAAUGAGCUCACUCAACUGAAGGAGAAAAACGAUGCUCUACGAGCGGGAAACGACAUGCUUCAAGCUAAAAAACAACAAUUACUAAAUGAAGUUUGGAGAAAAGUUGCAGAAUACAAUUACCCGGAGUUUGUUCAUGUGGUGGUGCCUCCGGUAAUUGAAGCAUGUGAUCCCCCAAACUACGAGGAGCUUGGUGUUGUUGAUUCUUGGACCAAGACAUUCUCAUUCAAAAGAGCUUUUACCAAUCCCCUGCACUCGUUUUCCCAAUUUGCGGUGUAGGAAAUGAAGUUCUGUUUGAG